CGCCCUGGAGCCUCGGGAGCCCCCGGGACAGAGUGAGAGAGGGACCCCCGUGUCAGUGAGCGACUCCCCCCGGCAGCAGAGCCUCGGACAUGGGAGACACCGGCAGCGAACGCAGCAGCGCACCCAGCCUCCCUCCCCGCUGCCCCUGCGGAUUCUGGGGGUCCAGUAAGACUAUGAAUUUGUGUUCCAAAUGUUUUGCAGAUUUCCAAAAGAAACAGCCAGAUGAGGACACCGCCCCCAGCACAAGCAGCAGCCAAUCAGACUUGUUUCCCAGCGAGACAGAUAGUGACAACGGCAAUACCUCGAUACCCACACCGACUGUUAACCCCACCCAGCAACUCCCGACAGAACUGAAUGUAGAUUCUCCCAGCAAAGAAGACUGUGGGCCCUGUACAGACACCGCUCAUGUCUCGCUAACCUCGCCAACCAAAAGAUCCUGCGACUCAGAUUCACAGUCAGAGGAUGACGCUUCCCCCAUGAAACGACCUCGGCUACUAGACAGCGGGGACAGGCCAGACAGCAGUCGGUCCAAACAGAAGAGUCGCCGUCGCUGUUUCCGUUGCCAAAUAAAACUGGAGUUGGUACAGCAAGAGCUGGGAUCCUGCCGCUGUGGUUACGUCUUCUGUAUGUUGCAUCGACUUCCAGAACAGCACGACUGCACGUUCGACCACAUGGGGCGCGGACGCGAGGAGGCCAUUAUGAAAAUGGUGAAACUAGAUCGGAAAGUGGGCAGGUCUUGCCAGCGCAUUGGCGAGGGCUGCUCCUGAGUGCCACACUCUCCAACCAAAUGCUGUUUCUCUUAGUUCACAACAGUUAGCCUUAUUUAGGAUAAAGUCAACUAGGCUCUCACUACUGGGCAAGGGACAGACGACAAGCCAAUCAGGUUAUCUUCUUCUGUUUUUGAACGCGCAGGUACUUUAAUAAAUCAAGUUGUUGUAAGAUGGCUGUUGGCUGUGCUUGUGACCCAAUGGCAAGCAGGAAAGCAUCAGUAACAUUUGGGGUAAUUUGAUUUUUAUUUGUAUUUCCAUUCCACUGAAGAAAUAAAUGACUAUUAUCCGAGCUAGCUAGAUUUUCACCGUAACUUUGUGUGGAGUAACAAUGAAUCCGGAGAGUGAUUGGCCACUUAUGCACUGUUCCCCCCGCCCAUUCCCCGCCCCACUGGUGAUUUGAUUGGAUCCCUACCUGGGUAUCUCAACCCUCCCUGUGUAGAUGUAGUGAGAGAGUUUUAGGUAGAAGUUAAACUUAUUACCCCACACACAAUCUAUUUCACAAGCACACAGAGCACUCAAUUUUACUGGCCACGCCCCCUUCCUUACCAGCCUUAACCUGAUUGGCUUUUGUUUGCAAUUUGCCAAGUGAUGGUCUCUGGUCAAAUAAGGCUAAUUGGCAGUAGCCGCGGUUGGACUCUGCAAGCCGACUCUGUAGCUCUACAUUUAUUGGGGGAUAAAGGACAUUUUUGUUUUUGUAGCAAACGGAACUCAGUAACAGUAUUGAGGAACAACCAGGAAAACUCCCCCCCUUUUGUCAAUAUUCUAAUCCUCACCUCCAAAGUGUUAGCAAGUUCAUAAAAAAAAAA